ACCAGCAGCACCACCACCAACAACAAGUAAUUACAAGUUUACAACACCCUCACGGUGACGGGCCCAACUCAUAAGCAAAUUCCUUUAGAACCUCUCAUACGCAAAUUCGUCACUCAUACGCAAAUUCCAAAGCUCGAAUUGCAGAAGCUCGUUCCAGAUGAAUUUUUCAAGUGUUGUGGCUGGAAAUCAGGGAUGAAUGAUACUUGAGAAAUUUUUUGUGGAUAUCUCUAUGUUGAUAUAGGCAAGAGGCUGGAAUUAGAGCCCCAUUAGCGACGUGCAAACAUAGGCACUUGUCCUUCCUUUACCUUACAUUGUUCAGAAGUGAGAGCUGUCUAGUAACCACACUCACGCCCGGUGAUUGUCGGGGUUGGCUUGUAACUCUUCCCUUUUUUCAACUCCUAAGUUGAUGAACUUGGCCUAUUCUGAUUAUGAACGCAGGAGUUUGAUGGAUGUUGCUGCCCAGUGGUAUAAGGUUCCUCCUCCUUCUAUUGCAGGAGCUGCUGCAUCUCGCAAUGGGCUAUUAAUGGUCUAUAAGUACACGAAUACAUAUGGAGGGCCUCAUACAGAAAGGUUACAAACACCAUUUCGGAGUGUCAUCUGCUGGAAACAGAAACAGAGAGGAAAUCGAUCAUUGAAGGAGGGACUGCCUCAGGAUUUGGAAGUUUCACCUUUCUUAUCCAAGAACAAGAAAAAACCUUACCGAUCAGUGAAGGAGGAGGGACUUCCACAGAAUGUGGAUCUUCCACCUGUAUUACCCAAGAAUAAGAAAAAACCAUAUCCAAUCCCAAUAAAGGAGAUCCAGAGGAUGGCAAGGGAAGAUAAGAAACUUGCUCAAUUGGGCAUAGAAAAACCACUGGAACCUCCUAAAAAUGGGUUACUUGUUCCUGAACUUAUACCUAUUGCACAUGAAGUUCUGAAUGCUUGGGAGGGUCUGAUUAGAGGUCUUGCACAGCUCUUACACGUGAUUCCAGUCCAUGCUUGUAGCGAGUGCUCAGAGGUUCUUGUGGCUGAGGCUGGGCAUCAACUAAAGAACUGCCUGGGAUCAAGCAGCAAUAAGCGUCAAGGUUCUCACUUAUGGGUCAAGGGAUCAAUCAAUGAUGUGCUUAUUCCCAUGGAGUCAUACCAUCUUUUUGACCCUUUUGGUCGACGAAUUAAGCACGAAACCAGGUUCAACUAUGACCGGAUCCCUGCCAUUGUUGAACUUUGUAUCCAAGCUGGUGUUGAUAUUCCAGGUUACCCUUCACGCCGGAGAAUAAAUCCCAUUCGAAUGAUCGGGAAGAAAAUAAUUGACCGAGGUGGGUUCCUUGAGGAUCCUACGCCUGAACCUAGAGAUUCUUCAGCGCUCCUAAACUAUGAUACACAGGGUGCGUUGUUGAGGUUUCCACCUCCUGCGCCCUCAGAUUUGCCUAGGAUUGCUCAAGAAACAAUGAAUGCAUAUGAAACUGUUGCAGUGGGUGUAAGGAAGUUGAUGUCGAAGUAUUCUGUCAAAGCAUGUGGUUAUUGCCCUGAAGUUCAUGUGGGCCCAUGGGGCCACGACGCGAAGCUCUGUGGGGAAUUCAAGCACCAAUGGAGGGAUGGGAAACACGGUUGGCAAGAUGCAACAGUUGAUGAGGUAUUCCCACCAAAUUAUGUGUUGCACGUUCGAGAUCCUAGAGGUCCCCCUUUGACGACUGAACUCAAGCGAUUCUAUGGGAAGGCUCCUGCUGUCGUUGAAGUGUGCUGGCAAGCUGGUGCCGAAGUCCCUAAGAAGUAUAAACCCAUGAUGAGGCUUGAUAUUGUGCUUCCUGACAGUGAGGAAGCUCGCUUGGUUGCCUGAUAGUGGAAAGCUUAAAUUGUAUAUGUAUCAGUAUUAGCGAGAUGGAUCUGUACAUAUACCUCUAAUUUUCUAAUUAUAUGUAUCAAUUGUAGGGAGAUGGAUCUGAAUACAUAGUACUUCAUACGACAGGUUUGGGAUUCGAUUCUCAAUUUUGAGGCUUGCUUAGUGCUGAAAGGUUUAAUUUGUGCAA